UUCUCUAACAUCAGAAUACAUAGAAUUCCGGAACUGGAUUAUGAUUCACCAGUAUUCGAGUGUUCUGAAGACCAACUGGGACCAACAUUAAAGCCUUAUCUCUGUCUCUCUUUUUCUUGUUAUCGUUCUCAUUUUCUGCACUCCUGCAUGUCGCUGUUAUUAUGACUCUACUCUUUAUUUUUCCUGCACAGGGUGCUUUUCAAAGUUGCCAGUUGUGACUGUAACAGUGACAGAUAUCCAUGGCUGCAGCAGUGUCCAGCCCUCUGACCACUCAUGUGCUGAACACAGGAGAUGGCAUCCCAGCAUCCAAGAUGGCUGUCACUCUGCAUCGACUCGACUCUGAACUGAAGAUCUGGAACAUGCUGGGAGUCGGGACAACGAAUGAAGACGGCCGCUGCUCAGGACUCAUCAGCCAAGAAGCUUUCACUUCUGGCAUGUACAAGCUGCGCUUUGAGACUGGUUCAUACUGGGAGAGUCGCGGCCAGACCUCCUUCUUUCCCUAUGUAGAGGUUGUGUUCAUCAUCACAGACCCUGGGCAGAGAUUCCACCUUCCUCUGCUUAUGAGUCGGUUUUCCUACAGCACCUACAGAGGAAGCUGA